ACGCAGACUUCCUUAGAAACGGAUAGCUAACUAAAUAAACACAACAGUGGAGAUGCUGUAACUAGCUAGCCAGCUAGUUAACUAGCUAACAUUACAUGCCAACUGUAAAAGUAGAUGCAUUUCAUCAUUAGAAAAGGGCCGGAUCUACAGGAAAUUCCUUAACCAUCGUUCUCAGAUGAACGAAAAUCAUGACACAGAGCGAAAAGCAAAAACACGGUGGUGAUGAAGAGGUCAUCAAGGAGCUGUGCACGGCCAACGGUGUGUCCUAUGAGAAGGUGUCCCAGGACGGAUGCAACAUCAGGUCUCUGGAGAUGUUUUUCUCAGGGUACCCGCGCAUGGUGGGGCUUUCCCUGUUUCCUAGGCUGUCCCAGCUGAUAGUGGUGGGCCAGAGCAUUAGCCGCAUCCAGGGCCUGGAUGCCUGCCCUCAGCUUCGGGAGCUCUGGGUAGUUGAGUGCCAGCUAACCAGGAUUUCAGGACUUCAGACUUCCCAUGAGCUACAGAAGCUUUACCUCUAUGACAAUAAAAUCAGUAAGAUUGAAAACCUAGAGGCGCUGGUCAACUUACAGGUCCUGUGGAUCAACAACAAUCACAUUACUGUCAUAGAGGGACUGGAUGCUCUUCAAAAUCUGAGAGAGCUGAACCUUGCAGACAACAAUAUUGAAAGAAUUGGACAUAGUGUUGAUCCUAACACCGCUCUUCAAAAUCUGAAUUUAUCAGGAAAUAAAAUUAGCUCUUUUAAGGAGCUGACCCACCUGGCACGCCUUCCCGAGCUGAGGGCGCUGGGACUGAAGGACCCCCAGUCUGUCCCCAAUCCCGUGUGCCUGCUGUGUAACUACGCCACGCACGUGCUCUACCACAUGCCCGGCCUGCAGAGGCUGGACACCUACGACGUCUCCAACAAGCAGAUAAAGGACGCGGCCGAGUCCACUGUCAUGAAGAAGAUCAUGUAUUACAACAUGCGGGUGAAGUCAGCCCAGAGGCAGCUGGCGAAGACUCAGGCCAAGCUGCUGGAGCACAAGAGGAAACUGCAGAAGGUGCCAGAGGAACGCAUCAGGGCUCUCAACUAUGCCCUCAAAAGUCUGGAGUACGAGCAGGCCGUGCACAGGACGUCCGCGCGCACCUGGGAGGACGUCUCGCCUCCGCUGCCCGAGGGGUCGAGUGAAUACAGCCACCCACCCGCUGACGUCCCCAGGGACCCCGACCUGGAGCAGAAGGUCCACAGCAAACUGGAUGCCCUGAAGGGGAGGCUGAAACUGUGGACGAGGAAGCGGGAGGAGGUUGAGAACCGUCACCAGCAGAGCUUGGCCCUGGCUACAGAGAAGAAGGAGCUGAUGGUCCACUUCCUGUUGAUGGAGCUGGAGACAGUGGGGAACAUCCGCUUCGAGGAGGGCCGUUCCUCUGACCCCUGGUUCACUUCCUGCUACGAGCUCCUCCUGUCGCGCUUCUGCGCCUCGGACUUCAAGGCGCACGGCGUCACCGGGAUCAAGAUCAACCGCAUCGUCCGCAUCCACAACCGCGCACUGCGGCUGCGCUUCGAGGACAAGCUGCACGCCCUGCUGGCCAGCGAGGAGUCCACCACGUUCUCACAAAACUACAAACGCUGGCUGGAGUACCUGUUCUAUGUGUCGGAUCCAGAGCAUGCCAGCGAAAACGAGUUCCUUCAUGUUCCUGAGAAUGGCUUUAAGACAGUGGAUGAAUAUAAGGCUCUGGGGAGAGAGAGGGCUGUGCCGCUGUCGAACAGCAUGAGUGUGUGUGAGAAGCCCAGGAUGGAGUACGCUCUGAGCCAAGCCAACGCCUGCGGGAAGCAGGACGCAGACCCCCUCCCGUUCAGACACGGCCAGAUCCUCGUGGCAAAGGUGUUCCUGGGUCGCAGCAUGCCAGCUCGGGAGGGGGUGGCAGUGGACCCUGACAACUACCCCAAACUCCACUCUGUUUACCGAAACGCCAGCAAGGAGCCAGGUGCAGGGACUCACUACACGCUAAUUCAUGAAUCUGUGCACGGCAACUGUGAGUGCAGUCUCCGCCAGAGCCAGUGGUUUGCCUUCGACCACGAGCUCGCCCUCCCAGAGUACCUCAUCGACUUUGAGUAUGUCACUCAGGACCUACCUCAGUGUGUGUUCCCACAGCAAAAGCCCUGCCAUAGCACGGAGGACUCUCCCCUGACAACCUAUGAGAUCAACCUGGAUGAGGAGGCCCUCAACAUGGAUCCCGUGCCCAAACAGCGGCCCAAACUGCUAAUUCUGGAUGAGAAGACCGUGCUGGAGGCGGCCCGGGCCAACGUGCUCAGUCAGAUCACUGUCCUGAAUCUCCAUGGCAACAGCCUGAGCAAGCUGAAGGAGAUAUCGUGCUUAACCGCCCUCCGGCAGCUGAUCAUCAGCUUCAAUGAGUUCACGCAUCUGGAAGACAUAUCACAUAUGCCUAACCUGGAGGUUGUGGACGCCUGCUUCAACCGCAUCGUGACUCUGGAGGGUGUGCGGGGUGUGGGCCGGCUGAAGCAGCUGGACCUGCAGUGGAACCAGCUGACCCGGGCCAGGGACGACACGGCCGUGUUGCGCAAGCACGCCCCCUCCCUGCUGCGCCUCAACAUCCAGCACAACCCCUGGCACCGGCCAGAGGCGGUGCGGAUCACAGUGCUGGGCCGCCUGAAGUCGCUCACACACCUGGACAACCAGCUGGUGAACGAGGAAGAGGCCGCCGCCGCUGUACAGAUUGCUGCCUGCUCCAGGAUUAACCAGGCCGCGCUCAUAGCCCACUCCCGGACCGAGCGGGAGCGGCCGCGCAGUCUCAGCCUCCUCUCCGCAGCCCAGCUCCUGACCCGGCUCAGCCCCAACCCCUGGGACCUCAGCGCCGAGCCGGAGCCAGGCUGGACCUCCAAGAUCACUGCCCUCAACCUGGACGGCCAGAGGCUCUCCCGGCUCAGCAACCUGGACAGGCUGGUCAACCUGCGCUGGGCGUCGUUCAACAACAAUGACAUCAGCAAGGCGGAGGGGCUGGACAACUGUCAGCACCUGGAGGAGCUGUCCCUGAAUGAUAACUACAUCACCAAACUGGACGGUAUUUCCAAGCUGCACUGCCUGACACGCCUCAGCCUGAACGGGAACCAGCUGACCAGUCUGGACGGGGCGGUCCUGGACCGGCUCCCCAACCUGCACUUCCUGUCUGUGGAGAACAACAGCAUCACCUCCCUGCACGGCAUCCACCGGGCCCGCUCCCUGCUGGAGUUCUACAUCAGCAACAACAACAUCACCACCACCAGGGACAUCUACCACCUCAAGAGCCUGACAAAUCUCAUCAUUCUGGAUCUGUAUGGAAACCCUGUGGUGGAGAAACAGCACAACUACAGAAUUUAUGUGGUAUUCCACAUUCCUUCCCUUAAGGCUUUGGACGGGGUUGCAGUGGAGACAUCAGAGUGCGAGAAUGCCAAGGACUUGUACGGGGGGAGGCUGACUCUGGACAUGGUGGCAGAGAAGCUGGGUCACUCCAACGUUUCUGAGGUCACCGAGCUGAACCUGCAGACCUCAUCCAUAAGGACCGUGGACCUGGCCCCUGCUGAGCUGUUCCAGAACUUACACAGUGUCAACCUUGAGCGCAACAACCUCACCUCUUUCAGCGGACUGAUCUACCUACCCAACAUCAAGGUGCUGCAUCUGAAUCACAACCACAUCGAGUCCAUCCUACCGAGGCAGAAGGUCCAGGCCCACCUGACCAACAGGCAGAUGCUGUACAACAAGGUCAACUCCAGCGGCUAUGGGCAGCAGGGCCUGUCCAAAGGCAGCAGGGACGCGGGCCCGGGAGAUACCCUGGAGCCGCUGAUGAGCAGCCUGGAGGUGCUGCAUUUGGGCCACAAUGGCAUCUCCAACCUGGCCAAUCUCCAGCUCAGCAGGCUCACCAACCUCAAAGCACUCUUCCUCCAAGCCAAUGAGAUCAGCCAGGUGGAGGGGCUGGAGGGGCUGAUGCAGCUUCGGGAGUUGGUGCUGGACCGCAACCGCAUCAGGGCCCUGGGGGAGACCUCCUUCCUCAGCCAGACCGUCCUGCUGGAGCUGCACCUGGCUGAGAACCGCCUGCGCGAGCUCAACUACCUGCAGCCGCUCCCGGAGCUGCGGAGGCUCUUCCUCGACAUGAACAAGCUGCAAGAUCUCUCUGAGAUUGACAAACUGGAGUCCCUUCCCUCUCUCGUUGAGCUGUCUGUUGUGGGGAACCCGGUGUCCCGCCGCUCCCAGCACCGGCAGUCAGUGGUGCUGCGUCUGUCCAGGCUUCAGGUGCUGGAUGGCAUGACGGUCUCUCUGGAGGAGAGGACCAGAGCGGAGCUGACUUACACAGACAGUCAGUGCUCUGUGCCCACCAGCAGCGCCAUGGAGACGAACGUGCCGUGCCUGCUGCCCUUGCCCAUGCCGCGCGGUGUGCCCCUGCGCGGCACUGCCGUCAACGGGGGCGCGCAUCACUUCCUGGGUCCUGAGCUUCCCUGCAACCUGGAUGAGAUGCCGUUGUACGACGCACCCAAAUACAGGAAACAGAAGCCCUACGGUGGCUUAAUGCCGCCCAGUUGCCGCAGCUCCCAGGCUGAACUGAACUUCCGGCAUCUUAGAGGAGGGGCGCCCUUGCCAACCACAUGCCUGCUGCCCAGCGGACACAGGGUGCUCAUUCCUUACCCCAGCCAACCAGAUCAGGAUGGCAGGUACCAGAGUCACAGCGCUCCCAAACCACCCCCCAUGUAGCAUUUUAAGCACAGGGCUGGGACCAGAGGAACAAGCUCACACAGAGAGGCUGUGUGUGACGGAUCUGAGUGUCCGCUCUGUCUCUUCACUUUUUACAUAAAACAGCA